UGCCCCUCAACUCUGAAAAAUUUAAGGGCGGCAAUUUGUUCGAAUUGUUCCCCUAGGUUGGAAUUUCUCGUAUAGAAAAACUCGAGUUUUGUUUGUGUGGUUACUCUACGGUAGAAAACAGUUUUGUUGGUUACUUAGAAGUUUGCAAAAUGGAUUACGACCACUUGGAUCCAGAAGGAAGCUUGAUGGACGUGCGUAGAAGUUCUUAGUUCCUUUCACCAAUUUUGCUUUGAAACUGGACUCGCACCAGUUGUUUACCUUUAUUACAUACCCAUUUCUUUAUUAUUUACAGAGGAUUCAAGCCCUUAUCCAACCUCCGCAGUCGGAAGAUUCAGGGAAGAGAAUGAAAAAAGGGGAUAAAGAGGCGCGGAAGCAAGGACGGGCUGUCAACAACGACAACUGUGAUAGCUGUGGCGAAGGAGGUGAUUUACUCUGCUGUGACCGAUGUCCCUGCGCUUUUCACCUGACAUGCUGGUCAGUUCAAUUAUGAUUUUUUAUUCAUACAUUGUUAAAGGAGGUCUUUAUCGGUGACUUUAUAUUCUAUGUCCGAAUUGAGAUUUCUUCCUUGACUUCACAAUAAUCAUGUUUGAAAGACUUUUAACAUGUUACAGUAGAAAUGCUUAUUUUAAGUUAUCACACACCCGCUCAUAGUUACAGCUGAUGUUAAUUAUCGUAAUUUUCCUGAAGCUGCGCUGCUUAUCUUUCUAUACGAAUUGGAUUUCCAAUCACGUGGAAAUGACUUGUAAAUGUGGUUUCUAUCAAAUUUUACUCUUCGAAUCGAAAUGUAACAGGAGAGACCUACGCUCAAUUGUUUCAACUUGCGUAGGUAAGUGCACUUCAAAAUACAAUAACAGCGUGAAUUUGUAGGGGAAUAAAAAUAUUCCUCUUAGUCUAGUAUAAAGUUUGAACACUGAAAUUGGUAUCAUCAUAGAAAUAUCUUGUUUCACAUUAUUAUAGCUAUUAAUUAAAGUAUUUUGAAGGUCUGUUUCUGGAACUAGCUUUUUGUUCACAUUUCGUACCUAAAGAGUAUUCCAAAACUCAACAGAAUGUUCUCCUUUUACUCUCAAGAUAUUUUGUUUUGGAUGUGGUGGUCAAUGUGGGAUGAAUUUAUGAACAACCAAACAGAAGAAAUCAGUCAUUUUGUUGUAUGGUUGUGUAUAAAACAUGUUCCUUAUUUUGCUCAGAUACUACUUCCCUGUACUCUCACUGUUUAGUCCUUCUAUAGUUAAAACCAUUUAUUGUUUUUUAGUUUUUGGCAAUUUUGUUGGCUAAGAUGUUUACUGUUAUGCCUCUCAACUGGGAAGGUUUUUUUUGUCAGUCUUUUGAAACAUGGUACAGUUAGCUCUUAAGUGUUCAUACACCUCUCUAAUUGUUCUUUGUAAAGAAAUGGAAACUGGUGAUUGCAUAUGAUUGCAAAAUAACAUUAUUCGAAUAUAAAGCCAAAUCAAAGGACACUUUAUAAUGUGUCUAGAUUAUUUACAAUGAAUCAUUACCAUACACUACAUGAAUCAUUGAAUCAUAGUAGUGUCUGGUGUACCAUCCUUUGUUCCUAAAAGUGCUUACAAACUGUUCCUCAGUGUUCCUGUAUUUUGUUGUUCCUCCAGAUAUCUAACCAUGUAAAAGUAAUCUAUGUUUUUGACUUUGAUUGGAGUGUAGUUUCUUAAACUUUUAUUUAUCACAAACACUGGUUAGAAAAUAAAAAUUUAUUUUCCUGUUUAAGAUAAUCUGGGAAAGGUUGAUAUCUGGUCAAAUUUUUCCUCUAAACUUGAAUUUAUAUUAUGUGAUGAUUAUAGUCUCUUUAUCUAUAGAAAUUUGGAGCUUUCUUUCAAUGCUAAAGCUUAAAAGAAGCCUUGUGUUAUUUUAUUGAUGUUGUUCUUAAUUGUUGUCUAUUGUUUUCAGUGAUCCUCCGCUAGAAGAAGAUGAUAUUCCUGAUGGUGAAUGGCUUUGUAAUGAAUGUAAAGCAUUACCCAAAGAGGUAGUUAUUGUCUAUGAGAGAUUAACCAUUCUAUUGUAGAUACAAUGGCAGAAUAAUUUGUUUAGUUUCAUUCAGACAGUCACCAUGGUAAAACAACUUGCUCUCUGAAAAUCUCAUUCUCUGCAGGUCAUGAAUUGGCCACAAUGAAAUAGAAAGUUAAAUUUGCUAUGGUUGAAAUAUCUAAGACAAAUUGUAACAAUGCCUUUUUUGUAAUUGGCAAUUGAUUCUUAUCUUUUUUUUUUAACAAAGCAUCUAAAUGGUGCCAAAUAUAAGUUGGAAAUUUGGAAAACAAUUUAUAGCAAUAAUAUAAGUCAAACUCUUUGUGACCAGAUUGGACUGAAUUAACCCUUUAACUCCCAGAUCAAAUUUGUAAUUCUUCUUACUGUCAACCAUGCAAUUCUUAUAAUGUUAGAUCAGAGAAUUUAGUAUUGGAUUAACUUAUUAUCCCCAAAUUGAUAUUUAUCUUUAUGCUCAUCAUGGAUCUGGUUGAUAUUGUAUUGAUAUUGUAGAGAAAAAUUCUUUCUUGGUCACUCAUGGGAGUUAAAGGGUUAAGUAAAUGUGCAAAUACUGUUGCUAAAACUAGACAAAUUUGUCCCCUUUUUGCCUUUCACUUGUAAAUACUAUGAUCUGAAAAGAUAAUGUAAAGUGGAAAAAAAUGAGUCUUAUCUACUUUAAGGUAACUUAUAAAAUUUGUGUGAAUUCUUUUUCAGGAUGCUGAUAAUAAAGGGAAAGACCCUGCAAAUGAUGGAAUGAAAACUGAUGGUCAUUUGACACCAGCUGUCAAAGAAACUGAGAAUUCAAAACCAGAAUCACCGUUUUCUACACUAGUAAAAAUGACAACUGGAAAAAACCCAACUACAUUUUCUCUACCACCAGAACUGAAGUGUAAUACCUUCUUUCCUGGUUAGUGUUGUCUUUGUAUGGUGGUAUGUUAUAGAGUAUGAAAUGAAAUUAUUUCUUGAUUAAUCAAAACAAAAAUGUUUGUAGUAUUAAAGUUGUGGUAGCAUGUAGUUUAAGUGUUGUAAUUGAUGCAGUGAUGAAAUAGUUAAAUCUUUUGUGUCUUCACGAGAGGAACAUACCUCUAUUUCAGUGUGUUAUUUCUUGGUAUGUAUUUAAUUAGAGUGGUGAUUUAUAUUCUCUAAGAUAUACAUUCUUAUUUUUUGAAAGGCGACAGAAAAAGGAAAAAUAGUACUGAAGAAAGAACAGUUCCUGUAAAAAAUGGGAAAAGACAUACUGAUGAUGAUGAGCAUACAAUCCCUCCUGGGCGACUUUGUUUUGCUUGUAGUCGGUAAGACACCAGUAAUCUUAAUCCUGUUAGUGUAACUUCCAAGAUUUUCACAUAGUACUGUAACUUAUCUCAAAGAAAGUGGAAAGGAUUUGUGUAGUGAAUCGUGUUUCAUUGUUCUGCAGGAGUGAUUUGGUUGGCCAACUUGUUCAUUGUGACUUCUGCCCCCUGGCAUUUCACAUGGACUGUAUAAACCCUCCCCUGACCACUGUACCAAGUGGCAUGUGGAUGUGCCCAAAUCAUGCUGAGCAUGCUGAGGUAAUAUAUUUGCCAUGGAUAUUUAUCAUUUCUUUUCUGUUGUCAUUUUUCAAGUCAAUCUUCAACCUUUGAAUUGUAAACAUAAGUGAGGGUAGUCCUUCAAAGGUUCAGUGUUGGUUGCUAUUAUUCCCUCAAUCUGUGGACAAUGGCUUUCCUUAUGACUAAAGAGCUUGAAUAUUUCUCCAAGUGUGUCAACUGAAGAAUUUUCAAAGAAUGCUUCUCUCAUAGGAUAAUACUUUCUGUAAUACUCCUUAGGUUCAAUCCAUGUAAAAGUUAAAAUACCAUUAAUUCCUUAAGAAAGUCAUUUUGAAAACAAAUGAAUGAUUCUGACAGCACCAAGUUGUUUUAGGUGGUUAGUAUAGUGGAAUUACAUGCACAUUUAUUAGCAUUUUAAAGGUCAACAUCUUAUUAAAGAUUUUAAAAACCAUUUGAAUGUGUGUGCUUGCAAUAAGAUUGUCUUUUUGGUCUUUUUUAAAUUUUUUUCAGCCUGGAUUACGUGAUCCAAGAUUUAGCAAAAGACUUCAAGCCUAUAAUGACCUUAGGAGUAAUAUUUCCCAGCAUACUAUAAAAAUGAACUUUCUUCAACGUGUGCACAGGUAUUUGUUAACUACCUAUUCCAGUGAAAUAAGUUUAUUUUAUGUGAGUGCUUUGAACAUUUUUUGAUUCUUUGAUGUCACUUUUAGAUUGAAGAAACAUCCUUCUUUUAAAAGAAAGGACUUUUUACCAACAAGAAGAAGAGCAACGUUGGUUAGUGUUUACUUUUGAUGUAUUUCUGGUUGAAAAUACCAACAGUGUACUGCUUUGAAUUUUUUAUUUGAGUUGUAAGUAAUAAUAUUAGUUCCUUUUGAAUAACAAAAAGAAAACUGGAUGUAUGUUUUAUAGGUUCCACAAGCAAUCAAGGACCAUUAUGAGUCUCCACCAUAUCGAACUCUUCCUGAACACAUAAAAAGAAUGCAAGAACCUUUACCACUACACGCGAUUCCUCUGAACACUCCAACUGCAGAGGAGCAGGAAGAGGUAAGGCUGAGACUUGUUGAGAGGGACAAGGUGAAAAUGAACACAAACUGGGGGAAAGUCUUGAAGGAUUUAUUAUUACCAACUUUGAUAGUGCCUUGGUUAGUCUUAUCCCCUUGUUUGUUGUGGGUCCCUCUAGUCUGAUAUCACAAGGUUUAGCCAGUUUCAUUGCAUUUGAAAAGUGUUUGGAUUAUCACUAUGGGACUAAGGUUUUUCUCUGUACCUUGCAAUUGAAAAUUUGAAUCAAUCAUCUUUGCUUUAUUCAGCUACUGUUACCACAGAUGAUUCCAUGUCCCAUAAACAAACAAACACAGACAUAUUUGACUCUGGGAGUGAUAUUGAUAAUGUUGCAUUCAGGGGUGUUACAAUUUAUUUUUCUGUAAGCAGUUUUGUUGUCCUUUUCUGUCAGCGUAAAGAUAACUAAUUUCCUUUUUUUCAAAUUUUCAGUGGUUAAAAUGUGUGAUUAGCCUCCAAUGUGGAAUUGCAAAGCAUCUGACACAACCAUCUGUGAACAAAGCUUUGAUUGCCAAUCACACAGAUAAUGCCUCUAAAGGGGAAACGUCAAAUUCAAACAAUCACUCAUCGACUUCAGGAUCAGCCCAUGCUACAAGUAGUGGAACUGGGAAAGAACCUGUUGUAAAUGGUCUGCUUUCGAAGUCCGACUUAACUAAUCAUGUUUCUGCAACAGCAGCUAAUGGCAGUGUACCAAAUGCUUGCAUAAGUAGAGUUGUGACAACCACUAUUACAACCACAAGUGGUGGGAAAACAAUAACAAAGCCACUGACAAUAUUAUAUGCAUCUCCGUCAAAAUUACAGACUCAUAUGAAUGGACCACUUAAUACAAAGUCAUUAGCAAGUUCAGGUAACUCUGUCAACCUUUGUACUGUGUCAUCUACACAUUUACCUUCACAAGUCUUAGUCAAACAGGAGCCAAAAACUGUUGAGAAACAGGUGGCCUGCGGUGACUUGACCCAGUUGAGUGCUGAAUGUAAACAACUUUCUAGUGACACAGCAAAACUUGUCAAUGAUAUUGGUCAUUUGAACAAUGUUAAGGCAAAAGUAACAACAGACUCUAUAAAAACGGUAGCUGUUUCAUCAUCCAGUUCUGUUGUGAACACAACUGUCAGUGCAGCUACCCGAACAAUUUCAACUGUGACUCCUUCUGGUUCAAGUGGUACCAGCACAACAAAAGUUGCUUCAUCAACACCAACAAAACUUAUUGUGCUUACGAGCACAAACAGUGGGAACAUCAUUAAGACAAUUGCUACUGCUGGGUUGUCUGCUGCUAGCACUGGCCAAAUCCCUGGUGGUAGUAUAGUAACAUUAGGAGCACCUGGAAAUGCAGGAAGUGUCAAUCCUGUGAAAAUUGGGACUGUGAAUGCUUCAGCACCUGUGUCAGUUGGGUCAAGUCCAAACAAAGUUAACCAAGCAGCUGCAGCAACCUCUAUGGCAACUGCUAAUGCUAUAAACAGUAUCUGUGCUGCAGCAGGAGUCGAUGCGUUCAAUGGUCAGUGUUAUCCCCUUUAUUUAUAGUUUAAUGGUUCAUGUAAUAUGUUUGAAAGUCAGUCAAGGUGUUGUUAAGCUUAGUGGGUGCUGAAAAUUGGCACCCAUAGUGUACCAGUUUGGAAGUAGUUCUCAACAAUAGUUUUCCUCCAAGAAAAAUGUUGGGGUGUUGUUCAUUCUCCUUCUGUAAAUAUACUAUAUAGCUAUACAGUUUUCUUGAACUGAGUACUUUUUGUCAGAAACAGAGUUGGCCAAGUUAGAUCCGCGGCUCAUACAAGUUUUGGCUUACCAGAGGCUACAGCAGCUUCUUACUCAGACCAAGGCAAGUUGAACUCUUCUUAUCCUCUACUCUGCUUCAUUAAGACUGGGACAUUGACAGUUUUCCCCCUUUACUGGGGCCUUGUUUGGUGUUCAGGGCAAUAUCAUGAUGGUUCCAUCUGCUGCAGUUGUUUCUCAGUCCCUCCCCUCUCCCCCAAUACCACACUAUCUGUUCCAGGCCUUCAGGAGUUACCCUUCUCUAAGAGAGAGCUUUGGUGUUGUUGAAGCAAUUUCUUUGUCAACGGGUUUGUGGUUAAAGCCUCCCUUGCUUGACAGAAUCCCUGACAACCCCACUUUUGGUCUUAAGAUGCCUUCUGUGACUUUAAAUCUUAUGUCAAACUUGUGAUUAGUUCUAAAUUAAAAGAAACCAUAACAUUGUUCGCCUGUUGUUUGCAGCCCAUACCUCCAAGCCCAGUUUCAGCUCGGAAAAUUUCCUUCAAUGGCUUAAAAGAAACUAUAGUUCUUCCACAACAAGCUGGUAUGUAGUUAGUUUGGAAAGUUGUAGGUCUGUUCUUAUUUCUUUUAACCUAGCAGUACUUCUCCCUCUUUACUGUGUGUUUCAAAGGUGUUGUGCCAUCUCUUUUUUGGCAUAAAGUUUGUACAGUGUUUUUUUUCUCUUUUUAGUUCCUGCUGGCAGAUCCAUAGCAGUGCUGUGUCCACUGUCAGGGACAGGUCCUGUGUGUCCAAUGAUUCACAAGUGUCUGUCGUUAGGACAAGGUUAGUGUUUACACUAUUUAUUUGCUCAAUGCCCAUAGCGCAUAUUAAAUCUAUGGACCUUGAGCCCUCUAAAAAUGAGAACUACUUAUUUUAAGAUGUUGAUGAAUCUCUUUAAAGUUGCAGUAAUACAUUGGGUUUCAGUUUUUGUGAUUCCAUAUAAUUGAGCACAGAAAAUGUUAAAAAUGAAAAAUAUUAUAAGUUCAUUACUUUUCUUCAACUUUUUAUUUUUGCCUCACAAAAAAAAUAUUUUUAGUGCUUGUAACAGUUUGUUUAAAUUUUCUCUUUGUUUAAAGGUCCAGAUAUGGAUGUUUGUCUCCAGGAAUAUGGACACUGCAACUUUAUAUCUGAAAAACAUUGCUCUAUAUUCUAUGAUGAGGUAUGCUCUGAUUACCUAUAUGUUUCAAAAAUAUCAAGCUGGUUAAUUUGAGUUUUUUAAAUUUAUUUUUAUCUGGUUAUUUAUUUAAUUAUUUGGUACAUUGUGUCUAUAAGAUAAUAUUCUUCUAUGAGUAUAAAAAAAGCUGGUGGUUAAAAGUUUUUUUGUUUUGUUUGUUUUUUUCUCCACAGACUUCGAAACAGUAUGAACUCAUAAAUUACAGUGAACACGGAACAUAUGUAGAUAAUGUUUUAUACUCCUGUGACUUUUCGGACAAAAUCAACAGACAUGUUGUUUCAUCAAAGGAUCUUGAUCCUACCAAAGUAAGCAAGAACAAAUUGCUUGCUGCUGCGCAAGUGAGGCAGAACAAUUCAAAGCCAAAAGGAUCACGGAGAACUGUGGGACUUGGUGUGCAAAAAAUUGUCAAAGCUUGUAACUGCACAACAAGUAGCUCAAAUUUGAUUGGGGGCAGUGGUGCAGGAUGGGAAGGAACAGCUUUGUUGCAUCAUGGGAGUUACAUAAAGCUUGGUUGUGCACAAUUUGUUUUCAGUAUCACAAGCCAUGCAACAAAGUUACCAUCAACUUCCAAGGCUUCUGGUUCCAGUGAUAAGAAAAUCGCUUCAUCUCAUUGAGCUCUGGGUACAAUAUCACUGUUAUUGGCAAAAAAGAGAUAUAUAUAUAUAUAUUUCACUACCUCCAGCUGCUAAGAGGAUUAUGGACUUCAGAAGGAAAAAGAUAACCAACAAGGAGCCUACGAUUUCCUGCCGGGUGUUGUACUCAUUGCUAUUGUUCAUGAGACAAGCAACAAACAACCAGUAUUUUUAUACUGUAGGGAUGUGCGCACUGCAUAUUGGAGAAAAGAAAACAUGUUAAUAAAAGUGUAAAUUAGAUUUUUUAUACACUGACGUCAAAGACUUUUUAGAGAAGCAUCGCUAAUUUUAUUCUUGUAUUAUUCUAUUUAAGACAGGGAUGGACAAAAUAUUUAUUAUUUGUACAGUUUAUGUCCAUCUUUGUCUUGCAACUCACAAGUUAGCUUUUGUGAUAUCAAGGCAUCUCCCACUAAAAAAACGUUGACUAUAACAAUAUUGUUAGUAGGUGUAAUUAGCUAAUUAUCAGUUGCAGAUAACGUGUGAUCUUUGUGCACCCACAAAAUGCACACACCUGAGAUAUGUACGCAUUCACAGAGAAUUACAUUAAAUACCUUAGAGUGUUAAUGUGAACAUAACAUCUCAGCUGUGUCCCAUACACAUUAGCCUACGUGUAGCCGCAUCCUCUUCCCCCCCCGCCGCCGAGGUGAAACGGAGGCGAGGCAACCCGCGGAAACCUCGCUUCCGUUUCACCAUAGGGGGAGGGUACGGCUACACGUCGGCUACAUACACAUUAAUUGAAACAAGA